AUGGCUACCGACAAUGAUUAUGACGUCCUGGAGAAGAUCGGCCAGGGCUCUUUCGGAGUGAUUCGAAAGGUCCGCCGGCGACAGGACGGUGUUGUCUUGUGUCGCAAGGAGAUCUCCUACACCCGCAUGUCGGAUCGGGAGAAGGACCAGCUUCACGCCGAGCUCAAGAUCCUGGAGACGCUACGACAUCCUAAUAUCGUCGAAUAUCACCACCGACAACAUCUCAAAGCUUCUCAUGACCUUCACCUCUACAUGGAAUACUGCGGCAAUGGAGACUUAGGCGGGUACAUUCGAAGGCUGAAAGAGAAAAGCAAAUACGCCGACGAGGACUUUAUUUGGACUAUCUUUGCACAACUGGUGGGCGCACUUUACCGGUGUCAUUAUGGAGAAGACCCACCGACACCAGGGCGAGAGAGCGGUGUCAAGCGGGCAAAAUCGCUUGUGAGCAAGCAAGGCCACACUGUCAUUUUGCAUCGUGAUCUGAAGCCAGAGAAUGUCUUCCUUGGCGAGAACAACAACGUCAAGCUCGGAGACUUUGGUCUCUCGAAAAUAAUUGCUUCUCAUGAUUUCGCCAGCACUUACGUUGGCACUCCAUUCUAUAUGAGCCCAGAAAUUUGCGCAGCAGAGCGCUAUUCACAUUUCUCCGACAUCUGGUCACUAGGAUGCAUCAUAUAUGAGCUAGCAACACGACAAGUACCAUUUGAAGCAAGAACUCACAUGGAGCUUAUCAUGAAGAUCAAGAAGGGCGUCAUCAAGCCUCUUCCUCCACAAUAUAGCCAGGAUCUCACUGAUGCUAUCGCAUGGUGUUUGAAGGUUGAUCCCCGUGCCCGCCCAGACACGUCUCAGCUGUUGAGCAUGGCGAACAUCAAAGUCUCACGUGUACGAUCGGAAUGCACGGCUCUUUUGGCCCACGCCGAGAAAGAGCGAGUGAAGCAGGCGCAGCUUGUUGUGGACCUUCAGAAUGAGAUGACCAAGCUUCGCGAGACUAGCAAGAGGGUGGAGAUGGAGUGGCAUGCUCGGGCGACUUUGGCCAUCGAUCAGAAGGUCUAUGAAGCGGUGGAAAAGCGAAAGGCGGAACUACUCGCGGAAUUCGAGAGUGUUGUCGAGAAGCGUGCCGAAGACAAACUCAACAAGCAUUUGGCCUCUCUGCCGUCACAACCUGAAGCCCCUUCAGCCCACGUCAGAUCAAGUACGCCACCGCCUGGCAAGGACAGCGCGGCCGUCGCUUCAUUCACAACGCGCGGCAGCUCCUUCGCCACGACCGAUGGCAGCUCCUUUGGCGAAGCUGCCGAUGAUUCAUUCAUCGAGGCCGAGCUCACAUCCCUAUCUCUGAAGGAAGUCAUCGACGAGGAGAACGAGGAGAACUCACCACUCGCACGCCGCUUUAAGCCGGCCCUCAAGAAGGGCACCCGCAAACCCUUCACACGCGCCAAAACCUUUGCAUACAACACCGUCAACCACGACCUCGCUGGCUCUCCCAUGGACGUGCACAUGGCGGACCCAAGCCCGAUGCGUAACAACGUCAAGGGUCUCAGCCUGUCACCGCGCCGUAACGGUCAGCAGCCACAGCAGCUACCACUUUCACUAGGUGGGCCCAUCAAGCGAAACAUCUUUAGCCUAGCCACCGAGAAGGAGAACAGACAGCCAGUGCGAGGCAGGACACUGGUUGAGCUCUCCCUCAGCAGUCCCGCCAAGUGGAAUCCCAUCGUGCAUGGCGAGGACAUGCCGAGUCCAUUCCUGCGGAGAAACAAGUGCUGA